GAGCUCAAUCGAGAGCUCUAUCAUUUGGUAUCAGAGCCCGUUUCUUGGGUUCGUGAGCAAACGAAGAACGGCGAUCGAGAUGGUGUCAACGAAGUUCUUGCAAGCAAUUGAGAAGGCCACCAAGGCGAUGAAGAGGAUCCCUAUUCUACCAGAACCAGCCAGGGGGUGACUCGGUUUAUGACAUGUAUGGUUCGUAUCACCCUGCCUAUGAUGGAACUGAUGGGAUGGUCUUUCGAGCCAAGCCCCCGAUCAUUGAGUUCCCGAAAUUUAACGGUCAGGAGGAUGCAGGGCUGUGGUUGUAUGAUGCGGAGAGGUGGUUCAGGAAUCACCCCAUACCGGAGGAGAGGAAGACGCAUCUAGCGUCCAUCUACUUAGAAGGUGAAGCACUACAGUGGUGGGAGUGGAUGAAGAGAUCCUAUGGGGCAGCGGGAACCUUGAUCACCUGGCCGAUGUUUCAGGAGGAGCUCCGUUACCAGUUCGGUAAAUCGGAGGGGUGCGCCCCGGAGCAGUUGGCUAAGCUGAAGCAGACCGACUCAGUUGCGGAUUAUCUUGCGGAGUUCUUCAAGCUGGGCAAUCAAUAUCGUGGGGUCCCAGAGGAUACAUUGGUGGGGAUGUGUAUGACAGGCCUAAAGCCGGAGAUUGCUGCUGCCAUCCGGGCCUUUGAGCCGGACUCCUUGAAAUCUGCUUUUCGUCUUGCAAGGUAUAAGGAAGAGGAGCUUGCGAGUUGGAGGAGCACCAUAGGGCACUACCCGCGAACCAGUGGCGCGGGGAGCAGUGGCGGAGCUGGCAGUGGAGGAGGAGGAGGAGACGUUGCUGGAGCAACCGCGGGAGCUGGAGGAUCAGCGGCGGCGCCGGCGCCAGUGGCUACGGCGAAGGGUGGGAUGCGGCCGCCACCGAAAGGGUUCGUGCGGUUGUCGCCUGUGGAGAUCGAGCAGAAGAGGCGGGAAGGGAAGUGCUUUAAUUGUGGCGAGAGGUUCACGAUCGGUCACAAGUGUGCACGUCCCGACUUGAUGAUGCUGGUCGGAAGGUGGGAGGACGAGGCAGAGGAUGAGGCGAGAGAAGGAGAAGAAGCAGUGGAAGGCUAACAACCUUGAGGACAAGGUUGUUUUGAAGAGAGCGGGAAUGAUAAACGAUUUGAUUAUUU